UUGAUUCUGAAGCUCUUCAUCAUUCCAUGGGUUUGGGCCCAGGGGCAGAAUGUGCCUAGCAACCCAGCAGUCCCAGCCGUGGCUUCAGCUCCAAAUGGACAGAUCGACAUCCCAUUCUACCAAUUCCUUCAAAGGCAGAACCAGAUCAACAAUGCGAUUCUCCUUAACAACGCGAUGUUGGCGAAUUCCCUGACAGCGAUGCCGUCGUCGGAGCAUCAUCAUCAGAUUCCAAUUCCCAGCGCUAUUCAAUUCCCGAGCGCAGGUCAUACUCUGCAUCCGAGUCAUGCUGCUCUAUUUCCAAACUUCCAACCAAAGUUUCCGACAGUUCCAACAACAGGGUUAAAUCAACUAGGCCUCUACGACGUCCUCAGUCACCCGGUAAAGCUUGAUGGCGUGCCAAGUGUGAUUAUUCCUACGCACGUGGUAUUGGUCAGCCCUUCGACGACAGCUUCGCCUCCAGUUGGGACCACCACGGCUAGAGAGGAUCCUGAUAAAACAGAAGUACAGGAGCCAGAGCCAAUUCCGAUCGGAGUGUCAGAGCCGGAUGAGCGCAUGAAAAAGGUGCUUAAUCUGUCGGCAACUCCUAGACCAAAACUGACAGAUACUACUGAUAGUCCUGCACUGACUGAGCUCAUUGAAGAGAUUGGAGAAGAGAAUUUGGUGACUACUACAACCGAACAGGUAGUACAGUUACCUGCUAUAUCUGCACAAGAAACUAUUGAUCUUUCCAUUUCAGCUGAUUGAGG